AUGAGGAAGUCCGGAGACUGGCAGGUCAAUUUGCAGCCCUUGUGCCGGAGCUGGAAUUCAGUCCUGCCGACAUUUUUUCCUUCCUCCUAG